ACCGACAUCACCCAUUUUUAUUUUUGUAAUUUUUCUAUAAUGAUAGACAACGCCGAAUUCGAAACCCAAGUGCCUACCAAAGAUGGCAUUGAAGAAGUUAUCGAGUGGGUAGACUCUGACAACCACAGCUUCUACACACACAUGUUCAAGUCGUGCAAGCAGCCCCCCGUGGCCACGCUAACGAUAAUCCAUGGUCUUGGUGAACACAUUGACCGAUACUCUUUUUUGGCCAAACACUUUGCUCUUGCUGGGAUUCACGUUUUGGGAUUCGAUCAGCGCGGAUUCGGCAAAACCGGCCGUCGCUGCGGCCGCCUCGGCGACAGUGAGGGAAUCGACGUAGUGGCCGCAGACAUAACCUUCAUGAAUUCAAGGGUAAUGAUACCGGGUGUGCCUCACUUCCUUUUUGGCCACUCCAUGGGUGGACUGAACGUCUUGAACUAUUCCCUGGAGCAUAACUCUGACGGCAAUAUCCGAGGCGUUUUGGCGUCUGCACCGGCACUGAUGGCUGGCAAGCCGCUGUUGCCUCCAGGCUUUGUUGUUUCGCUUUUGCAUCAGGUUGCCAAGAUUGUCCCUAGCAUUCAGAAGAGCACGGGAAUCACUGCCGAUAUGCUCACUAGCAACCAGGCUGAAAUCGAGAUAUUCAAUUCUUCUGUUGAGAAUAUCGGUCAUUGUACUUUGGGAACAUUGUCGUGUAUUAUCAAGAAGGGCCUGUACGUUAUGGAUAAUGCUGGACGGUUCAAUACACCUGUGCUGUUGGUGCAUGCCGAUGGAGACAAGGCUACUGACAUUGAGGGAACGCGUAAGUUCUACAAGGCGCUGCCAGAUGCGCUGGAUAAAGAGUUCCGCGAGGUCAAAGAUGUCGCGUACCACGAGCUGCACUUUGAAGAGAACCUCGAUUUCGAUCUCUUUGAUCUCUACACGCAGUGGAUUCUGAAACGCGCGUGAACAAUGCCGUGCUCUUUUAUCUUUUUCUGCUGUCUUAUUGUCAUUUAAAUUUUUCAAUAGUCACUUUUGUUACAUUUGUCUUGUGUUGUGUCGUGUCAUAGUUGAAUGGACGA